AUGAAAGUCGCAGUCGAGGGCUGCUGCCACGGCGAGCUCGGCGCAAUCUACAAAGAGAUCGCGAACCUCGAACGUCGCAACGGCUACAAAGUCGAUCUUCUUCUCUGCUGUGGCGACUUCCAGGCCAUUCGCAAUCACCAAGACCUGAUGUGCAUGGCUGUUCCGCCAAAGUACAGAAAGCUUGGAGAGUUUUAUCAAUAUUAUACGGGGGAACUUGUUGCUCCUGUUUUGACCAUUAUAAUUGGGGGAAACCAUGAAUCGUCAAGCUACCUCUGGGAACUUUACCACGGCGGCUGGCUUGCGCCAAACAUCUACUUCUUGGGCCACGCAGGGUGUGUUCAGGUUAAUGGCGUCCGGAUAGCCGGCGCUUCUGGGAUAUUCAACGGUCGCGAGUUUAGGAAAGGUCACUAUGAACGAGUACCGUACGAUAACUCAGCAAUCCGAAGUAUCUACCACAUCCGCGAAUACAACGUCCGACGACUCUCACUCCUCUCCUCCCCAACGAUCUUCCUCUCCCACGACUGGCCCCAGUCCAUCCCCCACUUCGGCGACCUCCCGUCCCUCCUCCGUCGCAAAGCCUUCUUCCGCGCCGACAUAGAAUCAGGCCAACUCGGCUCUCCGCCGCUCAUGGAUUUACUGAGAACGUUGAAGCCCGAAUGGUGGUUCGCUGCGCACCUGCAUGUGAAGUUCGAGGCUUUGGUGAGACAUGAGUCGGGGCCGGAGCAGAUCGAGCAGGCAACGGGUGUAACGAGCGGGGAGGAUGUGAAGGUGGGGAAUCCGGAUGAGAUCGUUAUUGAGGAUGAUGGGGAUGAGGUUGGAGAGGCAGAUGCGAAGGCUCCUUCGUCAGAGAAAGCGACAGACACAAAAGUCGAAGAACCAACGACCCGAGCGACUAUCAAUCCAGACGAAAUUCUGCUUGACGAUGAAGAGGAAGAGGUUGACAAACCGCCACCGCCACCUCCUGCACCCGCCGCAUCAUCAUCUUCUACACCUUUUCAACAAGGAUCAGGUCGACAGACAAAAUUUCUCGCAUUAGACAAAUGUCUGCCGCGGCGUCAAUUCCUCGAGGUUGUCGACGUCCCCAUCCAUCCCUCCUUUGCGCCCGCCUCUGCCGAACCCAAACCAACACCCAUAUUCUCCUACGAUCCCGAAUGGCUAACGAUCACCCGCGCCUUCCAACCUUACUUCUCCCUUACACAUCAACAAGCAACGUAUCCGACUGAGGACGAAGCGUGGGAGAUGUUGAGGAAAGAGGCGGAGUGGGUUAGGAAGAACGUACCGGGGAAGCUGGGAGGUGCCCCAUCUGCUGACGCCCAGGGGGAGAGUCAGGGAGAGGGGAAGGAGAAGAGGAAGGAGAACGAUAAGGACGAGGCGUUGAGAUGGCAGAUCGAGAAGUGUCAGAAAUUCGUCAUGACAGCCCCUGGGCCUCGAGGAAAUAAAGGGCCAAAUAACCAGCAGCCCCCUGCGUACAACAACCCACAAACCGAGGCGUUCACGGCGAUGCUCGAGAUCGAGAACAAGAUCAAUCCGCAGGGAUUGAGCGUUCAGUCGUCGACUGAGGGAGUGGGUGGUUCGAUGUCUGUCGAUGCCAUCGGUGCUUGA